UUAACAGAUUAGAUGAAGAUAAGUUCGAGUUGAUCAACAACACAGUAUUACCAGAGGCUGUACAAUUUUGGGAACAAGCGCUAAUGGUGCGCGAAACAAAGGGUGUAAUUAGGCUUAACAGAAAAUGUAACAGUACGCAAGUGUUUGUGAAAAAUGGGCUGACGCAUUGCAUCGAUAACUGUAAAAAGGUGACAAUGUGCGGAGAAGUUGAAGUGCCAAAGGAACAUUUAGAUGUGAGUAUUUUGUGUAAAUGCACUAUUACUUGAACUACAG